AUGUCUAAUAUGCUGGAGCUGUUUAAGCCGCUCAAGAAGGUCUUCAAGAUCGAUCUGAAGGAACCCACCACGGACAACAAUGUGUUCAAGCUGCACUACAGAGCCAGUGUGCUAGUGUUGCUGGUUUGCGCUUCUCUGGUGGGCUGGAAGGAGUACAUAGGAGAUCCGAUAAUAUGUAUUUCAGAUCAAAAGAUACCGGAGAAGAUGAUCAACGCCUACUGCUGGACCAUGUCAACGUUCACCCUCCCGCGUCGCGCCAUAGAUCGGCUUGGCGAGGACGCUGCCCCGGGAGUCGGCCUGCAAGACGACGGCGAUGAAGAGAAGACGCACAAGUACUACCAGUGGGUGUGCAUCUCCUUGUUUCUGCAGGCGAUGCUGUUCAAAGUUCCCCGCUCUCUGUGGAGCAUUUGUGAGAGGGGCCGUAUGAAGAGCAUGGUCCAGGAUCUGGACCAACCUGUUGUGACCAAGAAAACAGAGAAAGAGCGGAAAGGACUUCUGUUCGACCACCUGAAGUACAGCUUUGGCCAUCAAAACCAUUAUUUCUAUCGCUUUUUCUUGUGUGAAGUUCUGAACUUUGUGAAUGUGGUUGGGCAAAUCUAUUACAUGGAUUUGUUUUUGGAUGGGGACUUCAUGCAUUAUGGCACCCAAGUGAUGGAUUGUGAUUGGGACUUGAAUGAAUGUGAUCCAAUGUCGAGAAUUUUCCCAAAGGUGAGCAAGUGCAACUUCUUCAAAUUUGGACCUAGUGGGACAUUACAAAAGUAUGAUGCUCUGUGUGUACUUUCCAUCAAUAUUAUUAGCGAGAAAAUUUAUGUCUUUUUGUGGUUUUGGUAUAUGGUGGUUGCAACUAUCACUGGUUUCAUGAUGGCUUACCGUGUCUGUGUGAUGAUGUCUUUUAGGCUGCGCACAUACCUUCUUUCCUGUCGUGCUUGGCGAUGCCAGUUUCGCAUUGUAGAGUCAAUCUGCUACAGCUGUGAAAUUGGUGACUGGUUUGUUUUGUACCAAUUAUCCAGGAAUAUUGAUCAACGUAUUUUUGUGGAGCUAUUGAGGUCUAUUGAUUUACAUGUUUUUAGCUCUUGUGUCGGUGCAAACCCUUGCAGGAACUCUUCAAGGAAGGUUCGAUUUCGUGACGAAAUUGGCGAAAGUCUGGAACUCCCUGAGAAGGCUGUGCUUCCAGAACCUGUCAAGGAACCAGAGAAUCCCGAAUCCUCAGAGGAUUUGAAAAGUGAUACCUACAAGGUCAAAGUGGUUUCGUUAGAUGAUGUUGAGAGUGGUCAUGCUUACUGUUUUGUGAAAGCUAAUUAA